GUAUCGGCGUGUUCAAGUGAUAACUGUCGCACUUGCAGACCUACCUCUUGCCUAUUAGCAUGCAACAGUGUUUCAACACUGUUAUUACCUUCGUAGUUUUUGCAUACGGAAACAACGUAGCGGAGGGUGAUAAGCACUGUUCCGAUAUUCCGCCCAUGAGGAACUUUCGAGCUUCCAAGUUCAGUGGGCUCUGGUACGACUUGGCCAAGACUGCCGACCCGUACUCGGACACUCUUCAGUGCGUGACGACGCAGUACAAAUCUCUCGGUUCUGCGGGUCUGCACAUCGUCAAGAACGCACUGGAUUCCAGCAAUAACACCGUGUCCUUGGAAGCCGACGCAAUAUUCAUCGACCCAUCGAAGUGUAACGGGGCCACAGUCAUCACCGAAGACGAUCGUGAAGGUGUCUACUACACUAUCGUUACGACAAACUACAAAGAAUACGCUGUCGUGGUCGCCUGCACACUGGACAACGCACCAAUGACUAAGUGGGCCUGGAUCCAGACGCGACGACCACGAUUGCGUCGCGGCACUCUGCGGGUGCUGGGACACCUGCUAGAGGCCUACGGCUUCUCGGCCGAGCAAACUCGCGCUCCAGAACUCGGUAUCCUGUGCCCGCCUGAUGCGAAGGAAGCCGUCAAACUCUUCGCACCCAGCUAGCGUUCUUCUGUUCUAGGAGCGACACUUAA